AGAAAUCCCCCCCCCCCCCCCCCCCGGAACCGUCUCGUGGAAGCGCCGAGAUGUACCACCCCACCAGAGGCGGCGUCCGCGGCGGCCGAGAUCAAUUCAAAUGGGAUGAUGUGAAGGUUGACAAGUAUCGAGAGAAUUACCUUGGCCAUAGUGUUAAGGCCCCUGUUGGUAGAUGGCAGAAAGGAAAGGACCUAUUCUGGUAUGCUAGGGAUAAGAAAUCUGACACAGAAGAUGCCCUGAAGGAGGAAAUCAGGAGAGUGAAGGAAGAGGAGGAACAGGCUAUGCGAGAAGCACUUGGCUUAGCUCCUAAGCGCAGCAAUCGUCCUCAGGGUAAUCGGUUGGAUAAGCAUGAAUAUGCUGAGCUGAUUAAGAGAGGAUCAACUGCGGAGGACUUGGGAGCAGGGCAUGCUGAAGCUGCACAAGUGCAGGGUCUAGGCUUAUACAAGGCUCCUCGCGACGAGGGAGAAUCUAGUUCUUUUAAGCUUGAUCCUCCUGAAACUGAAAUGCCACCUGAGCAAGGUGACCCUCCAGCAGCAGCCAAGCAGGAAGAUUCAGAGGACGAUAGGAAGGGGAAAAGGCGGCGGGAGUGUGAGGAGAGGAGAGGGGAGAAGGAGCGAAAACGAGUAAAGCAUGACGGAAAGGGAAGAAAGCGAGACAAGCACGAGAGGAGGCACGACUCAGAGGACAGAUCUAAGCGCCACCGCAAAGACAAGCAGAGCAGGCGGCAUGACUCUGAUUCUGAGUGAUAAUGGUUAUGCGCCUGUAUGACUGUAUCUUAGUAUGAUAUUUCACACCAAGGAUGAUCUGCUUUUGCUUGAUGUAGUGUAAAAUCAAUGGAUAUGUCUAUGCCUUUUGAAUUCCAUUGUCCUUAUUCUCUCCGCAA